GGCACCCCGGGAGUGUGGGGAGGGCCCAUGUGCUGCUAGCAGGGCUGGGCUCGUGUGUCAUCCCCAGGGGCGGGGAAGGGUGAGGUUUAAACGUGCUGCGGUCCCGGCAGGAAGCCGCGGCGAAGCAGCGGGACUGUGGGCACCGGCCGGGAGAACCCGUCCUGCGACCACCGCGGGCAGAGUUGUGACAGCUGUGGGAGCAGAGCAGCGGGAGGAUGGAGAGCAAGCCUGCAGUGAACGGCCAUGCUGCCCCUGGGUCUCCCCAGGAAGACACCCCAGGAGCAAACCACUGGUGCCAGGACGUGCUGGCUCACAAGGAGAGCAAAAUGACGGGGAUGGAUGGUCCCAGCAAGGCCCCGGCAGCAGCUGGCAGCGUUGCUGGAGUGUAUGUGGAAGCUUCCAAGAAGAUGCUGAGUUUAUAUGAUGCCACCAGGGAGCACCUCCUGAGUCUGGACUCGGCGCUCUGUCUUCUCGAGGCCCAGGCAGCCACGGGCUUCCUGGCUGACCCGCUGAAGAGCAGGUGGGUGUCUGUGGCAGAAGCUGUGCAGACGGGGCUGGUGGGGCUGGAGCUGAAGGACAAGCUGCUCUCUGCAGAGAAAGCUGCUACCGGCUUUGUGGACCCCUACACGGAAGAGAAGAUUCCCCUGUUCCAGGCGAUGCAGAAGGACCUGGUGGGGAGGGACCAAGGCACCCGCCUGCUCCAGGCCCAGAUCGCGACCGGUGGCAUCAUUGACCCCAGCACCGGCCGCCGGCUCCCAGCAGAUGUGGCCUGUGAGAGGGGAUAUUUAGAUGAAGAGAUGAGCCAGCUCCUCUCUGAUCCAAGCAAUGAGGAUGGCAAGAGGUUCCUCAACCCCAGUACUAUGGAGAGAGUCACCUACAUGGAGCUUAUCAAGCACUGUGUCGUUGAACCAGGCUCAGGCUUCCUCCUCUUCCCCCUGCAGACGACGUUCCCAGGGCUGGGAGGGCGGGUGAGCAGCAGGGACCUGCUGGACUCAGGCAUCAUCAGCUCCGACAUGUUCAGAGGUCUCGAGGAGGGAAGAGUCUCUGCUCAGGAGGUUGCAGAGAGUGACUCAGUUCAGCGGUUCCUGUGUGGGACAAGGACUGUGGCGGGCGUUGUCUUGCCUUCCGGUGAGCAGAAAAGCCUUUACCAGGCCCUGAGGGAGCAUCUCCUCAUGCCUGGCACUGCCCUGAUGCUCCUGCAAGUCCAGGCCUCCACCGGCAGCCUGACAGACCCCAUCAAGAACAAAAGCUACUCGGUUGAUGAGGCUGUUAGAGUUGGUCUCAUUGGCCCAGAGCUUCAUGAGAAACUGUCUUCAGCUGAGAAGAGCAUCACAGGGUACAGGGACCCCUGCACUGGAGAAAUGCUCUCUCUGUUCCAAGCCAUCAGGAAGGGCUUUGUCCCCAGGGAUCAUGGCUUCUGCCUUCUGGAGGCUCAGAUAGCCACUGGUGGGAUAAUUGCUCCAGGAAAACACCUCCGUGUCCCCACGGAGACAGCCUGCAAGUGGGGGUACCUGGACGAGGCCACGAGACAGCUCCUCUCCACUCCUACCAGUGACAUGAAAGGGUUCUUGGACCCUAGCUCCAAGGAGAAGUUGACCUACACAGACCUGCUCAAGCGCUGUGUGACUGAUCCCAGCACUGGGCUCCUGCUGCUGCCCCUUGGAGGAGACAGCGGAGAGGGACUCAAGGGAACCCACCUCUUCUUUGACCACAAGACCCAGAAAGCUCUGGAAAACACACGGGUACCUGUUGCUUUGGGCAAAUUCAAGGGAAAGUCCAUGUCUCUCUGGAAACUUCUCUUCUCAGACUACAUCCAGAGCGAACAAAGAGCUGCUCUAUCCCAGCAGUACCUUGCAAGAACACUCUCCGUGCAAGAGCUGAGUAAGGCAGUCAGUGCCACCAUCGAGGAGAUGACUUCCCCUGCUAACGUCACCUUUGAAGGACUGAGGGACCGGGUGACAGCUGACCAGCUCCUGAGCUCUGAAAUCAUCAACAAAGAUUUGUUUAAGAAACUGAAGGAGGGAGAAACAUCGGCCAAAGAAGUUGUCAGCAUGGACACGGUCAAGAAGUACCUGCAAGGGACAGGUAGCAUUGGUGGACUGCUGCUUCCUGACUCCCAGGAGAAGAUCAGCAUCUACCAGGCAAAGCGGAAGGGACUUCUAAGGCCAGGAACGUCCCUGAUCCUCCUGGAGGCCCAGGCUGCCACUGGGUUUAUCAUUGAUCCAGCUGCCAACACAAGGUAUUCUGUGGAUGAGGCCUUGCGAGCAAGUGUCAUUGGUCCUGAUGUCUACGACAAGCUUCUGGCUGCAGAGAAAUCGGUCACUGGCUACAGAGAUCCUUACUCAGGGAACACCAUCUCCCUCUUCCAGGCCAUGCAGAAGGAGCUCAUCGUUAGGGAGCAUGGCAUCCGCCUGCUCGAGGCCCAGAUCGCCACCGGUGGCAUCAUCGAUCCCGUCAACAGCCACCGCAUCCCCGUGGAGGUGGCCUACAAGCGUGGGUACUUUGACAAGAAGAUGAACUUGAUCCUCUCGGACCCCAGUGAUGACACCAAGGGCUUCUUCGACCCCAACACCCACGAGAACCUCACCUACCUGCAGCUGAAGGAGAAGUGCAUCACGGAGCCAUCCACUGGGCUCUGCCUCCUGCCCCUGAACAGCAGAAAGCGCCAGUUCGUGGAUGAAGCCACCAGACAGGUGUUCAAGAGCUCCUGGCUGCCGGUCAGGUUUGGGCGGUUGCGGGGAGAGAAGGUCUCCGUGUGGGACCUGCUGAACUCCGAGUACUUCAGCGAGGGCAAGCGCCGGGAGAUAUUCAACCACUACCAGCUGCGGAAGCUCACCCUGGAGCAAAUCCGAGCCAUGCUGGAGGAGGAAAUGAAAAGAUGGGCACCCAUCAAGUUCCCAGCCAUGAGGGGCAGCGUCAGCGCCUACCACCUGAUGGAGACCGGGGUCAUUGACAGGGCCCUGUUUGAGAGGGUGCUGGAGGGAGCUGUCACGCCAGAGGAAGUCCUGCACAUGGACUCUGUCAGAAAGUACCUCUACGGCUCUGGCAGCAUCGGGGGGAUUGUUCUCCAGCCAUCAAAUCAGAGGAUAAGCAUUUAUGAGGCCAUGAAGCAAAACAUCAUGCUACCUGGAAUGGCCCUCCCAUUGCUGGAGGCCCAGGCUGCCACAGGCUUCAUCAUCGACCCAAUCAACAACCAGAAGCUCUGUGUGGACGAUGCCGUCAAAAAGGGAGUCAUUGGACCAGAAGUCCAUGAGAAGCUUCAGCAUGCAGAAGGGGCUGUCACAGGCUAUAAAGAUCCUUUCACAGGCAAGAAGAUACCCCUCUUCCAGGCAAUGAAGAAGGGCCUGAUCGCGGACAAACAGGCCAUGCAGUUAAUGGAGGUGCAGAUGGCUACAGGAGGCAUCAUUGACCCAACUUGUGGCCACUAUAUCCCCAUAGACUCUGCCCAGAAGCGAGGGUGCCUGGAUGAGGACACGAGCAAGGCCCUUUCUAAGCUCAGUGAUGACAACAGAGCCUUCUGUGUCCCAGACAGCAAAGAGACUGUGAGCUAUGCAGAUCUGAUCAAGCACUGCCAGAAGGACGAGGUCUCCGGCUUCCACUUGUUGCCUCUGGCACAGGCGGCUGCUCCUGCCCACAGUGAUGAAGAAAUCCAGCGGAUCUUUGAGGAAACUGUGGUGAAGGAGAGAGGGGUCUCCCUGUGGGAACUAAUCCACUCUGGGUAUUUCACUGAGGAGCAGAGGAGGAGGGACUUCGUGGAGAGGUUCCGGUCUGAGGAAGUGUCACUGCAGGAGCUGGUUGCUCUUGUGCUCAGGUUGGUUGGGGAGAUGGAGAUGAAAGCCCGCACCCAGAUCACCUUGGAGGGCCUGCGGGGCAGUGUCCCUGCGGUGUGGCUGCUGGAUGCUGGCAUCAUUACGAAGAAGACAUUUGAAGAACUAGCCCAGGGCAUACGAACUCCUGAGGAGGUGGCUGCGAUGGAGAGCGUGAAGAGGUACUUGUGGGGCACAGGCAGCAUUGCUGGGGUAUUCAUAGAGGCAUCCAAAAAGAAGAUGAGCUUUUACGAUGCCAUGAAGAACCAUCUCCUCCUCCCUGGGGCUGCUCUGAGGCUGCUGGAAGCUCAGGCAGCCACAGGGUACCUGAGUGACCCAGCAACAAACCAGAGACUCAGCGUGAGGGAUGCAGUGAGAGCUGCUGUAGUGGGUGAAGAGCUCACUGAGAAGCUCCUCCUCGCUGAGCGGGCAGUGACCGGCUACACAGACCCCUACACCGGGAACUCCAUCUCCCUGUGCCAAGCUCUUAGGAAGGAGCUGAUUCCUCUGGGAGAGGCUGUUCCCUUGGUGGAGGCUCAGCUGGCCACCGGAGGGGUCAUUGAUCCCAUUCACCACCUCCACCUUCCACUCCAGGCCGCAUACAGGUACGGCUUCUACGACGAGGACCUCAACCAAACCCUGUCCCAGCUUGAUGACAGAACCAAAAUCUUCCUUGAUCCAAACACGAAGGAGAACGUGACCUACCAGCAGCUGAAGGACAGAUGCUUUCAGGAGCCCGAGUCAGGUCUCUGGCUCCUUCCCCUGUCCGAAAACGCGAUGUUCUGUGUGGAUGAACAGACCAUGGAGGUGCUGAAAUCUGUGACUGUCUGUGUCAACAUAGGGCGCUUCAAAGGGCAGACAGUGUCAGUCUGGGACCUUCUCAACUCUGAAUACCUCUCAGACAGCAGGAGAAGAGAGCUGGUGCAAAGGUACAAAACCGAGAACACUGAAGUGCUGCAUGAAAUCAUAGCAAUUGUCACCACAAUCAUCAAAGAGACAGAGACACAAGGAAAGAAGUUUGCUUUCGAGGGCCUGCGGAAAAGAGUUUCUGCCAGUGACCUCUUCCAAUCCCAACUGAUAGACAAGAAAACCCUCGAUGAGCUCAACCAGGGGAAGAAAACAGUCAAAGAAGUCACUGAAAUGGACUCUGUCCGCAGGUACCUGGAGGGCAGCAAUUUCAUAGCAGGGGUGCUCAUACAGCCAAGCAAUGUGAAGAUGAGCAUCUACCAGGCCAUGAGGAAGGGCAUCCUGAGGCCAGGGACAGCGCUGGUGCUGCUGGAGGCACAGGCUGCCACUGGCUACAUCAUUGACCCAGAGAAGAACCAGAAGUUCUCAGUGGAGGAAGCAUUAGCUGCAGGUCUAAUUGGAGGGGAGGUUUUUGAAAAGCUGCUCUGUGCAGAGCGGGCCGUGACGGGCUACACCGAUCCCUACACAAAAGCCCCAAUGUCCCUGUUUGAAGCCAUGAACCAAGGACUGAUCGUGAAGAGCCAUGGCAUCCGCCUGCUCGAGGCCCAGAUCGCCACCGGUGGCAUCAUCGACCCUGUGCACAGCCACCGCAUCCCAGUCGAGGUGGCCUACCGGCGCGGGUACUUCAACCAGGAGAUGAACCAGAUCCUCUCGGACCCCGGCGAUGACACCAAGGGCUUCUUCGACCCCAACACCCACGAGAACCUCACCUACAUGCAGCUCCUGGAGAGAUGUGUCCAGGAUUCAGAGACUGGGCUGUACAUGCUGCAGGUUGUACAGGAGGGAGGAAGGUACUUCUACAUUGAUGAGUUUACAAAGCAGGAUUUGCGCUCAAAGCCUCUUAACAUCAAAGUUGGAAAGUUUAAGGACCAGACAGUUUCCAUCUGGGAAAUUCUCUGCUCUCAUUACAUCUCUGAGCUGAAAAGGAAAGAACUGGUGAUGCAGUACAAGUGCAAAACCCUAACACUGGAAGGCCUUACAGCCCUCCUCUUCAGAAUCAUUGAGGACACAGAGCAAAGAGCAGAAGCCCUCAAGGUGAAAGGACUCCGGGGGGAUGUGUCGAUAUCAGAAUUGUUUAACUCUGAGAUCAUUGACAAGAAAACUCUAGAGCAGCUCCAGGAUGGAAGUCUCACGCUUGCCAGCCUCACCAAGAGGGACACCAUCAAGAGGUACUUAGAGGGCACUGGAUGCAUUGCCGGGGUUCUACUCCCAUCAAGGAAAGAGAAGAUGAGCAUCUACCAGGCCCUAAAGAAGGGCCUUCUCACAGAGCAGUGUGCUCUGGGGCUGCUAGAGGCACAGGCUGCCACUGGGUUCCUCAUUGACCCACUGAAAAAUAAGAAGCUCUCUGUGGACGAGGCCAUCUCGUCGGGACUCGUGGGGAGCAACUUCCACAGGCAGCUCCUGUCUGCAGAGAAAGCCGUGACGGGAUACACAGAUCCUCAAACAGGAAAGAAAAUGUCCCUCUUUCAGGCCAUAAAGCAGAAGAUAACAGUCAAGGAGCACAGCACCCGCCUGCUUGAGGCCCAGAUUGCCACCGGCGGCAUCAUCGAUCCCGUGCACAGCCACCACCUGCCCUUGGAGGUGGCCUACCAGCGCGGACACUUGGAUGAUGACAUGUUCCUCAUGCUGUCUGAUCCUGACCAUGGCAGCAAAGGUUUUAUAGAUCCAAACACUCAUGAGAAGAUCAGUUACAGUCAGCUCCUGCAGAGAUGUUCCAAAGACAGAGAAACUGGCUGGUACCUGCUUCAGGUCAUGGAGAAGGAUGAUGACUAUUUCUACAUUGAUGAGCAAACAAAAACAGCCCUGUUGUCUACAAAGGUGCAAGUGCCUGUUGGAAAAUACAAAGGACAGGUAUUAUCACUGUGGGAACUUCUCUGCUCUGAGUACAUCACAGAGGAGAAGAGAAAAGAGCUGGUAAAAAAAUACAAAGAGGAAUCACAUCACAUUAUCCAAGGAAUCAUUGAAACAAUACUAAACAUCAUUAAAGAAAAAGAAGAAGGCAGAAGUGAUGUAUGGUUCCAAGGACUCAGACAGCAGAUAACAGCAACAGAACUUCUCAGUGCACAGAUAAUUACAGAAGAAACGAUGGAAAAUCUCCACAAAGGAAGAGAGACGGCAGAAGAAAUAUCUCAGAUGGACAGUGUGAGAAAAUACCUCGAAGGCACUGGAAGCAUUGCUGGCAUCCUGGUGCCCUCCAAAGCUGAGCCCGGCAAACUGGAGAAGAUGAGCAUCUACCAGGCCAUGUGGAAAGGCAUCCUGAGGCAGGGCACUGCCCUGGUGCUGCUGGAGGCGCAGGCUGCCACCGGCUUCAUCAUUGACCCAGUCACUAACAAGAAGCUCUCUGUGGAUGAAGCUGUCUCCUCGGGACUGGUGGGCAGCGAGCUCCAGAAGAAACUUCUCUCUGCAGAGAGAUCUGUGACGGGGUACACCGACCCCUGCACAGGACAAAAGAUCUCCCUCUUCCAGGCCAUGCAGAAGGAGCUCAUCGUCAAGGAGCACGGCAUCCGCCUGCUCGAGGCCCAGAUCGCCACGGGCGGCAUCGUCGACCCCGUGCACAGCCACCGCCUGCCCGUGGAGGUGGCCUACCAGCGCGGCUACUUCGACCAGGACAUGAACCAGAUCCUCUCGGACCCCAGCGACGACACCAAGGGCUUCUUCGACCCCAACACCCACGAGAACCUCACCUACAUGCAGCUCCUGCGCCGCUGCGUGCCCGACCCGGACACGGGGCUGCUGAUGCUGCAGCUGAUGGACAAGGGCUCCGUGCUCCACCAGCUGAGCGAGGAGGCCCGCCAAGCCCUGCAGGCCGCCCGCACCACGCUCAGCGUGGGGCUCUUCCAGGGCCAGAGCGUCAGCCUCUGGGAGCUCCUCUUCUCCCGCUACGUGCCCGAGCACCGGCGCCAGGACCUGCUGCGCCGCUACAAGGCGGGGACUGUCACCAUCUCGGAGAUGAGCGCCCUCCUCACCACCAUCAUCACUGAGGCUGAGCAGCGGGCGGCCCCGGCGCCGGUUCGCGCCCAGAACGGCGAGCCCGUGAGCUCCCGGCACGAGUGGGAGCAGGAGCGUGAGCGUGAGCAGGAGCUGGAGCGGUCCCUGCAGUCCCGCACCAUCGAGGUCCCGGCCAGCAGCUUCCGCGGCAGGAAGGUGUCCCUGUGGGAGCUCCUCUUCUCCAGGUACGUGAGCGAGGCCAAGAGGCAGGAGCUGCUGGGGCUGCUGCGGGCCGGGAGCCUGGCGCUGGACGAGCUGGCAGCGCUGCUGACGGCCCUGGUGCAGGAGGCGGUGGAGCGCAGCAGCGCGGUGAAGUUCACGGGCCUCAGGAGGCAGGUGACCGCCUCGGACCUGGCGGACUCGGGCAUCAUCGACAAGGACACGCUGGCCGACCUGGUACAGGGCUCCAAGACGGUGGCGGAGGUGAUGGAAAUGGCCUCCGUCAAGCGCUACCUGGACGGCACGGGCUGCAUCGCCGGCGUGCUGGUUCCCUGCAAGGGCGAGCCCGGCAAGCUGGAGAAGAUGAGCAUCUACCAGGCCAUGUGGAAGGGCAUCCUGAGGCAGGGCACGGCCCUGGUGCUGCUGGAGGCGCAGGCCGCCACCGGCUUCCUGGUGGACCCGCUGGCCAACAGGAAGCUCUCGGUGGACGAGGCUGUCUCCUCGGGGCUGGUGGGCAGCGAGCUGCACGAGAAGCUGCUGUCGGCCGAGCGCGCCGUGACGGGCUACACCGACCCCUACACCGGGGAGCAGAUCUCCCUCUUCCAGGCCAUGCAGAAGGAGCUCAUCGUCAAGGAGCACGGCAUCCGCCUGCUCGAGGCCCAGAUCGCCACGGGCGGCAUCGUCGACCCCGUGCACAGCCACCGCCUGCCCGUGGAGGUGGCCUACCAGCGCGGCUACUUCGACCAGGACAUGAACCAGAUCCUCUCGGACCCCAGCGACGACACCAAGGGCUUCUUCGACCCCAACACCCACGAGAACCUCACCUACAUGCAGCUCCUGCGCCGCUGCGUGCCCGACCCGGACACGGGGCUUUAUUUUCUCAGUAUUUCUAAAUUGGAGCUGCUGCGGGAAACCUCCAGGAAGCUGCGAAACCAAAGGACAAGCCAGUUCCCUGGCCAGGGCGGCAGAACAGUUGGAGCCAUGGUAGACCCCCCGCACUCUGGCUUAUCUUCCACCCCACCCCGGGCCAGUGACCUGAAGCACCAGGCUGCCUCAGCCAAGGACACCCCCAGCUCCCGCAGGGGAGGUCGAGGCGCUGCCCGGGCUGUAGAUCCCAAAGCUCCCGUGUCUCGGUUCCAGGAUUCCAGGGAAGCUGCAGGACCAGCUGAAGGGCAGACGGAACAAGCCAGGUCCAUGGAGGGCUCCGUGGCAGCCGAACCACAGGCAGGGUGCUCCACAAGCAGUUGUGCUGAGCAGCUGCCAGAAGAAGGUGAUGGCAGAGUCCAGGAGCUCACCAUGCGCCUGCUCUCUCCACAGCCAUCUCUGUUCCAGGCUCCACGGCAACAGCAGGAGGAGGAAGAAGAGGAGGAGGAGGAGGAGGAGUACCAGAGCCUGCUGGGGAUUCAGCUGCCCUGGAUACAUGUCCAGCAGCAGUACUGUUCCCCAGAGACAACGCAGAAGAUGAGUGGAUCCUCUAAGAACAAUAAGUCAACUGACAUGGGAAGUAACCUGGUUGAGGAUGAACACAAAGAGAUGGGUGUUGGUGAGAGUAACUUCAUAGCUGGAGUCUUCCUCCAGGCCAUGAGUAAGAAGAUGAGUAUCUAUGAUGCCAUGAUAAGGGGGUUGCUGACGCCUGGCACAGCCCUGGUGCUGCUGGAGGCACAGGCUGCUUCAGGGCUCCUCACCGACCCUGUGAGGAACCAGAAGCUGUCGGUGGAAGAGGCGCUGACGGCGGGACUCAUCGGCAGAGACUUCUAUGAGAAGCUGCUGUCGGCCGAGGGAGCUGUCACAGGCUACACGGAGCCGUACACAGGCCACCACAUCUCCCUCUUCCAGGCCAUGAAGAAAGAGUUCAUUGUGAAGGAGCAUGCUGUCCGCCUGCUCGAGGCCCAGAUAGCCACCGGCGGCAUUAUUGACCCCGUGCACAGUCACCGCAUCCCGGUGGAAGUGGCCCACAAGCGCGGGUACUUUGACCAGGAGAUGUGCCAGUUCCUUUCUAACCCCAAGAACCAGAUAAGAAGUUGCUUUGACCCCAACACCCACGAGAACCUCACCUACAUGCAGCUCCUGCGCCGCUGCGUGCCCGACCCGGACACGGGGCUGCCGAUGCUCCACGUGAUGGACAAGGGCUCUGCGGUCCAUCAGCUCAGCAAGGAUGCUCGGAAAGCCCUGCAGGCCACCCGCACCACGCUCAGCGUGGGGCUCUUCCAGGGCCAGAGCGUCAGCCUCUGGGAGCUCCUUUUCUCCCGCUACGUGCCCGAGCACCAGAGAGAGGAGCUCCUGAGGAAGUACAAGGCAGGGACUGUCACCAUCCCGGAGAUGAGCACUCUCCUCACCACCAUCAUCGCUGGGGCAGGAAUGAAAAAUGGGCAUUUGAGCUCAUCCACAGUUACAGCCGACACCAAGGUGGGAGCAUCACACCCAUCACGACCAGUUCAGGGCAUGCACUCCCAAGAGCAACAGUUGAGAAAGUCCCUGAAGUCUGCAACCAUCUAUGUCACUGCUGGUGAAUUCCAGGGGCAAAAGGUUUCCUUGCUGGAUCUGCUCUUUUCCAGACAUAUCCCUCAAGGGAGGCGGCAGGAGCUGCUGGAGCUGUACAGAGCAGGGAUACUGACCACAGAACAAGUGGCCACCGUGGUCACCACCAUCAUAAACAGAACUGCAGCUGCAAAUGCCGCGCUCAGGGCCAGUGCCAGAGGUCCGCACAGGGCAGUGACAAAAGUGGAGGAGGAUGGAGGUGAUUCUUCAACACAAUAUGCACGACUAGAUAACACCUUGAAGUCCACCACCAUUGAAGUGCUAGCUGGCGACUUGCAGGGGAGGCGGGUGUCUGUGUGGGACCUGCUUUUCUCUGACUACAUCCCUGAGGAGAAAACGCAGGAACUGCUGGAGCUGUACCAUGAAAGGCUGUUAACUCUGGAGCAGAUGAUAACUGUUGUCACCACUGUCAUUAAGAAAAAGGAAUCUACAGGCAGGAAAUUCCAUGUUGCAGUCAAGGCGUCCAACAAGGACACCGUGACAGCAGCAGGAGAGAAGGAUGGUGACUCCACCAAAGAGGAACCAUGGGAAACAGCCUUGAAAACCACAGUGGUUGACUUGGAUGUUGGAGAGUACCGGGGCCACAAGGUUUCAGUGUGGGACCUGCUGCACUCCAAGUAUAUCCCUGAGGAGAAUAGGAAGGAGCUCCUGGAGCUGUACCAGGCCGGGGAGUUAACCCUUGAUCAGGUGAAAACCGUGGUGAGCACUAUUGUGUCAAAGGCAGAAGCAGCAAGGGCAAAGGAGAGCAGCCCCAGGGCAGAGUCGACGGCUGCAGGAGCAGAGCACACUGAGCUGCAGGAGGACAGGGCCUGGGAAGAGACCCUGAGGACCACCACAGUUGAGGUGUCAGAGGGUGAUUUUGAGGGGGGGCAGGUCUCAGUGUGGGACCUGCUCUUCUCCGACUGCAUCCCCAAGGAGAAAAGGCAGGAGCUGCUGGAGCUGUACCGUGCCGGGACAUUGCCCUUGGAUCAGUUAAUAGCUGUUGUCACCACGCUUGUCAAGAAAAAGGAAUCUACAGGCAGGAAAUUCCAUGUUGCAGUCAAGGCGUCCAACAAGGACACCGUGACAGCAGCAGGAGGGAAGGAUGGUGACUCCACCAAAGAAGAACCAUGGGAAACAGCCUUGAAAACCACAGUGGUUGACUUGGAUGUUGGAGAGUACCAGGGCCACAAGGUUUCAGUGUGGGACCUGCUGCACUCCAAGUAUAUCCCUGAGGAGAAUAGGAAGGAGCUCCUGGAGCUGUACCAGGCUGGGGAGUUAACCCUUGAUCAGGUGAAAACCGUGGUGAGCACUAUUGUGUCAAAGGCAGAAGCAGCAAGGGCAAAGGAGAGCAGCCCCAGGGCAGAGUCGACGGCUGCAGGAGCAGAGCACACUGAGCUGCAGGAGGACAGGGCCUGGGAAGAGACCCUGAGGACCACCACAGUUGAGGUGUCAGAGGGUGAUUUUGAGGGGGGGCAGGUCUCAGUGUGGGACCUGCUCUUCUCCGGCUGCAUCCCUGAGGAGAAAAGGCAGGAGCUGCUGGAGCUGUACCGUGCCGGGACAGUCACCAUUCAGGACCUGCUGAACACCACCAGCAGCGUGGUGGCAGACAGCAAGGGAAGCCAUCUCACAACCCUUCCCCAGCAGACAGUGGACCUCCUGCAGUCUGAGGGCUCCUACAUCACCUGUGGGCCCCUCCAGGAGCAGAGGGUUUCCGUGUGGGACCUCCUCUCCACCAAGCAAGUCUCCGAGUACAAGCGCGAGGCACAUCUGGACAGUUACGGCACAGGCGGGCUGACAGUGAACAAGAUCACCAUCACCACCACCGUCAUCACAGGCCCUCAGUGCCAGGCGAGGCACCGCCAGGACCCCUGACACCACCCCAGAGGAGGCACAAGCUUCAUCCCGAGGGUUUCCUCUCCCAUAACUCAGUGAUGGGCAGGGAAGAGGUGACAGGCCUGUGUGUGGACCGGUGGCACCCAGUUAAACUUGCUGCUGUCCCAACUGCUGCGUGCCUGCAUUUCUUUUGCGCAGCAGAGCUUCUCGGAAAGCUCCUGGGGAGGGUCCAGGCUGGUGGCUGCUGCUUUCUCUAGGGCACACACAGGCCCAGGGUAAUGCGGGGCCAGCACCAAGCUAGUUGAGACGGUGAGUGCCAGGGUGAGGCAGCAAGCCCAGUGCAGGAGCCGUGGCAGCACCACUGCAGCCCCAGGAGAGGGACUCAAAACCUCUGCUCGGGGCAGCUCAGGUCCCCAGCGACCUCAAGAGCUGUAGGGAACAGCACGCGUGGCUGCACAUGCCCGCGGGAUGCUCAGCCCUGACCUGUCUUCGGGCUGUGCUGCAAGCUGGGGGGUGCAUGGGGCUCUGCAUGUGAGGAAUAGGGAUUC